UUUCGUUUUCUCUUUGCACUCCAUUUUUAUUCUCGAUUCUCUCCUCUCCCGAUAAAUAAGCUCUCGCUUUGUGGUGUCCGUCCUUCUUCCAGGUCUCAAUUCCACCAUUUCUAUUUGGUUUUGGUGUCUGACGCAUGGCUUCUAAGAGGAUUUUGAAGGAGCUCAAGGAUCUCCAGAAGGAUCCUCCUUCAAACUGCAGCGCUGGUCCUGUGGCUGAGGACAUGUUCCACUGGCAAGCAACUAUCAUGGGACCUCCUGAAAGUCCGUAUGCCGGAGGAGUGUUUUUGGUUUCUAUUCAUUUCCCUCCGGAUUAUCCUUUCAAGCCACCAAAGGUGUCUUUUAAGACUAAGGUGUACCAUCCAAACAUCAAUAGCAAUGGAAGUAUUUGCCUUGAUAUUUUGAAAGAGCAAUGGAGUCCUGCUCUUACUAUAUCCAAGGUUCUGUUGUCGAUUUGCUCGCUGCUGACUGACCCAAACCCAGAUGAUCCUCUUGUGCCGGAGAUAGCUCAUAUGUACAAGACAGAUAGAUCCAAGUACGAGUCAACUGCGAGAAGCUGGACACAAAAGUACGCAAUGGGUUGAUGAUAAGACAAAUAUGGUCUGGACAAGCAAAGGAUAUGUUAUUGCGCAUGGGAAUAAAAUUAAAAAAAAAAAAUGCACUUGUUUGGUUUAGCAAACGUUAUUAUGUAUGAACAACUUAGUUGCUCUUAGUCCUCUUCUGUUCUGAUCGCUUUAAACUGUUUAUUUCGAUUUUUGGGUCUACUUUUACUC